UGUAUUUCCUGGUGCGAUGGGGUUGCUCUGUCUCUGGAAGUUUUAAAACCUUAAUAGCUUUUUGGAGUCGAAGUUCCUGGCAUUCCUUGGGUGCCGAGGAUUCGAUUAGGGAUGGCGGAUUUCCAAACGUCCACCCACAGGGCGAAGUGGAUUCUCACUCCAAGAGAUCUGUUUGAAAAGCGAGAGGCUGCGAAUUGGAGAGCAAGAAAGAUGCUUGAACAAUAUGGGUCAACAAGAUUAGAGGUAGAUGUUGAUGGCUCUAUUUCAUAUCCCGAACCCUUGCAGGGUCCAAAAGAUAGCGCUGCAAAGCCUCUUAACUGUGAAGAAGAGCAGCUUAUGCGGGUUUUCUAUGAACAAAAGAUUCAAGAAGUCUGUGGAGCAUUCAAAUUUCCCCAUAAAAUUCAAGGAACAGCCAUCAUAUACUUCAAGAGGUUUUAUUUGCAAUGGUCUGUUAUGGAACAUCACCCAAAACACAUAAUGCUAACUUGUAUAUACGCUUCAUGCAAGGUUGAAGAAAAUCAUGUAUCUGCAGAGGAACUUGGUAAGGGAAUUGCUCAGCAGGACCAUCAAGUGAUUCUCAAUAAUGAAAUGGUUGUUCUUCAGAGUCUCGGGUUUGAUCUUAUUGUUUAUGCUCCUUAUCGAUCAAUUGAAGGCUUCAUCGAGGACAUAGAGGAUUUUUCUCAAGCAAGGGAUCCUGUAAAAGAUAAGCUGAAGGAACUGCGAGAAGCUGCUAGUUUUGAGGUGGACAAAGCUAUGUUGACUGAUGCUCCUUUGCUCUUUCCUCCUGGGCAGUUAGCAUUGUCAGCCCUGCGCAAGUCAAACGAGGUACUCCAUGUUAUCGAUUUUGAAAGAUAUUUGGAAAGAACUCUCACACGACAACACAAUUUUCUCAGCACUUCUCAGCUCAUUGAGUCUCUGAAUGCAAUUGAUUUUUUGGUUGGCAAAGUUGCCAUUCCCACAGCAAAAGAUAUGAGGCAUAUAGAUAGAAAAUUACGAAGCUGUUUGGAUCCAAGCUUACCAGACGAUGGUAAAAAGCGGGACAAGAAAUCAAAGCACAAAUCAAAGAGAAGUUCAAGUGAGAUGCAAGGAAUGCCUUUUGAAGGAUGAGGCGGUCUCUUGGAAUCUCUUGCAAGAGAAUGUAUUGGAGGCACUAACUGCAACAUUUGUCGAUUGUGAACUGGAAUUUGGGCGUUUUAUUGCAGCUUAUGAUUAGAGUUUUUAAAGAUUUUUUAUACGUUUCUGUCAGAUUUACUGGGACUAGUUAAACUAAGGUUUUGUUUGGUUUAGAGUGAGAAAAGGAAAAGUAAUUUGGAAUGGAAAUGAGAUGACAAUGAAUUAAAUUAAAUAUGAUUUGUGCAGUUUGUUUGGUUCACAAAAUAGUUGGAUA